GGUAUCCGACAAUACCAUUAGUGAAAUGGAUCGAUUGAUUUUAGCUUAUUUGUCGGAGAUUUCUCUUAUCUUGGAAAUAUUUUCAACCUUACCAUAUAUUUUUCGUUGGGAGAUUCGUGCAAGUGCGUGGGUGGACAGAAGAAGUCAACUGUCUGAACUGAGGUUGUGAUAUUUUGAUAAGUUAUCCAGCGACUUAUCCCAAUCUUUUAAAGUUGCAGACAGUAGAGAAUCCUCAAGAUGUCAACAUACAGUACAUCCCUGACUGCACAAGAUCCUCAAACCCACCGAGUUUCUGCUCCUGGAACACCUCGACUACUUUCACAACCAGAAACACCAAAUCAUGAAUCCUCCCAUACAAGUACACCAAGUGACCGAUUCUCAUCACCGGGGGAAGGUUCUUCAAUUUCAGAUGGUUUAGAUAUUGUACCUCUCAGGCAACGCCGGUUUAAGAGUGCUAGGCUUAUUGGCGAUUAUGAAAAGCCAUGGCUAGAAAAGGUUGCUACAGAGGGAAAACGCAAGAAAUUGUCUGGACGAACUUGGGAUUCAAUUAUUUUCUGGACAAGUAUUGUCAUUGGCUUUGGGCUUGGAGGUAUCAUGUGCUACAUUGGAUUUACAUCAGUUCCAAACAACUCAUACUGUCUUAUGUUUGAGGAUGACUUUCAUAGCAUAGACCCCAGUAUAUGGAGUUAUGAAAUUCAACGAGGUGGCUUUGGUACUGGGUCCUUUGAAUGGACUACAAACGAUCCUCAAAAUGCUUACACUGAUGCUGAAGGGCUUCACAUCGUCCCAACAUUGACAGUCAAUUCAACAAAUAUCACGCCUGCUCAGAUUUUAAACGGGUAUACAUUAAACCUGACUACCGACAACAGACCUGAUGGCGUGUGUACGUCUGAUGAUGCGGGCACGGCUUGUUCUAUGUACAGCAAUAUAACCGCUGGUACUAUUAUAAAUCCAGUUCGAAGCGCAAGAUUGUCUACGAAGGGGAAGAAAACUAUCAAAUAUGGCAAAAUUGAAGUCAUUGCAAAGAUGCCAAAGGGUGAUUGGUUAUGGCCAGCAAUUUGGAUGAUGCCAGAAGAUUCGGUUUACGGAUCUUGGCCUGCUAGUGGUGAGAUAGACCUCGCUGAAAGCAAAGGUAAUGACGGGGCUACCUACGAUGGAGGCCGAGACAGCAUUGUCUCUGCUUUGCAUUGGGGCCCAAUUCCUCAAGUAGACGCCUUCUGGAAGACAGAUGGAAAACACAAUAUCCGACGAACCGACUAUAGUGAAAGCUAUUAUACAUACGGCCUUGAAUGGAGUGAAGACUAUAUCUUCACGUACAUCAACAGUCGUCUCUUGCAAGUAUUUUACCUCUCAUUCAGUAAGGGGUAUAACAGCAUGUGGAAUAGAGGAGAAUUCGGGAAGACAAUUGUGAAUAACUCUGCGCUCCAUGAUCCAUGGAGUCAAACGGGAAAUCCAGCCACUCCAUUUGAUCAGGCCUUCUAUCUUAUCCUGAACGUGGCAGUAGGAGGGACCAAUGGAUACUUCCCUGAUAAGGUUGGCAACAAACCGUGGGGAGAUGCUAGUCUGACGGCCCCAGCAGAGUUCUGGAACGCUUCAAGUCAGUGGGGCUCAACGUGGGGGCCGCCCGAGGACAGGGGAAUGACUGUUAAGAGUGUCAAAAUGUAUUCGCAGGGGACUUGCGGAAGCCCGAGCUGAGAACAAAAUCGAAAGAGAUAGUAUAUCUCAAGUAAGCAAGAUAGGAGAAGUGAGAUAGAUAAGACGGGUGCUUAAUUUGGGUUUAAUAUUGCAUGGAACAAAUUUCGGGACGAUACACAUGGGAAGAUAGAAGAGUAGUCGGUAACGGAAGCCUCUCAGCGGACAAUAAAUUAUACAAUUUUAUACGCUCGUCUACA